AGCAUCCGGGCGGACUCGGGGAGCGUGUGACGUCGCCGGGCGCGGGGUGGGCUGCGCGUGCGCGGCGGCCGCGGCACGCGGGCGGCUUCCUGAGCCCCGCCCCAGCCUCUGACGCUUUCGGGCCGGGCUGGGUGCACGUCGAGUCCCGCACAGCGUGGGUCCGAACACCUGAAACGACCAGGGCAUCUGGCCCCUGACAGUGUAGUGACUUCUGGCUAACAAGCUCCCGGGCCAGACGCUGCCUAUGCGGCCAUGGCAUGUGGCAGGAAGAGCAGGUCGGUCGCCGGCCACAGCCCAGCCCGUCUGGCCCUCCAUGCCCUCCUGUGUGCCGGACAAGGAGCUCCCGCCCUGCAAGCAUGGAGUGAGAAGGAUGGCCCCAGCACCAAGGCUGGGGGGCCUGGGACUUCUCUGCAUCACGACAGGGAGGCCAGCAGGAAGACCAAGAAGAAAGAAGGGGGGGCCCUCCGGGCCCAGAGGGCCUCAUCCAAUGUCUUUUCCAACUUCGAGCAGACCCAGAUCCAGGAGUUUAAGGAGGCCUUCACGCUGAUGGACCAGAACCGCGACGGCUUCAUCGACAAGGAGGACCUGAAGGACACCUACGCCUCCCUGGGCAAAAUCAACGUCAAGGACGAUGAGCUGGACGCCAUGCUCAAGGAGGCCUCGGGGCCCAUCAACUUCACCAUGUUCCUGAACAUGUUCGGGGAGAAGCUGAGCGGUACGGACACCGAGGAGACCAUCCUAAACGCCUUCAAGAUGCUGGACCCCGAUGGCAAAGGCAGUGUCAACAAGGACUACAUCAAGCGGCUGCUGAUGUCCCAGGCCGACAAGAUGACCGCCGAAGAGGUCGACCAGAUGCUCCAGUUUGCCACCAUCGAUGCUGCAGGCAACCUGGACUACAAGGCGCUGAGCUAUGUGCUCACCCACGGGGAGGAGAAGGACUGAGGGCUGCCUCCCACGCCCACCUGGGCCGUGGCCACAUC